AUGCCUCGUGGCCGUAAAAGUAAACUCCGGGCCCGUGAGAGACGCUUCCAGGCUCGAAGUGAAAUGCGGCGUAUUCCAGAUGCUCAUGCCAGUACAACAGAAGAGAGAGAGACUCCUUCCUCUUCUCCCCUUUGUAGUAGUAACAGGAGCCAAGACGGAGAGAGACCAAGCACUUCCUGGGCGCAGCCGUCAACUAGUUAUUCAUCUUCAACCCAGAGAGGAGACAUAGCAAUUUCAUUGGUGCAGUUCAUGCUUCGAAAGUACAACAAGAGGGAGCCAAUAACAAAGGAAGACAUAUUAAAGCAUGUCAUCCCACAGGAUAAGGAAAAUUUCCCCAAUGUCCUUAAGAAAGCCUCUGAGCUGAUGGUGCUAGCAUUUGGUAUUGAUGUUAAGGAAAUUGACACUAUCAGACACUGUUAUGCCCUUGUCAGCAUAUUAAAUCCUAAUGGUGAUGAAAUAAUGAAUGGUGAGGCAAUCAUGCCCAAGAGUGGCCUCUUGGUGACAAUCCUAUGUGUGAUCUUCAUAAAAGGCAGCUGUGCUAAUGAAGAAUAUAUCUGGGAAGUACUUAGUGUGAUAGGGAUAUAUGCUGGAGUCGAUCACUUCAUCUAUGGAAAUGUCAAGAAGCUCAUUACUAAAGAUUUUGUGAGUGAGGGAUACCUGGAAUAUCGGCGGGUCCCCUACAGAGGUUCUUCAUGCUAUCAAUUCUUGUGGGGUCCCAGGGCCCAGUUUGAAACUGGCAAAAUGAGAGUCCUUGAGUUCCUGGCCAAGGUCCAUGAUACUGUGCCCAGUGCCUUUCCAUCCUUGUAUCAAGAUGCUUUGAGAGAUAAGCAAGAGAGAACCCAAGCCAAAUUUACAUCUAUGAUUCUUAUUGGUCUGAUGCCUGGUGCACAGUCCAAUCACAAUUGCAGCAAUUUCUCCAACUAUCACUGA